AUGUCGACGACACAGCACAUGGAACACAACAACCAAGACAACCAAGACAUCCAGGUCGACACCCCACCAACGACCCAAGCUUGGAAAAUUGGCCUUGACAAGGUCUACUCGGCACACGAUCUGGCGGGAAGACUGCUGGCCAGACCGCUCGACCCGCCUUUGCAACGGCCGAGUCAGUCUAUUACCAGCCACCUGGAGCUACUAUUGGCAAGGGCCAUGCCUCUUCGUCCGCUUUUACGCAGCUACGCGGUUUAG